UGUAUAAGCUCUUAACUCCCAGAAGACAAAAACCUAUUUGGGCUCAUUUUUAGGGAAUUAAAAGGGCAAUUUUUGUCCUGUGUACCUCAGAAGCUGGAAUUGAAGGCUUGCCCUAUGCAUUGUUUGUCAGAAAUGUGCGAUGGCUGUUGGAAAGAAUGAAGUUUUGCUGAGAACAAAAUGAGGAACAGCUUGUUUUUCACAAACACUAAAACUACAAAGUUUAUCAAUUUUCUCUUUGACUUUUUUCUUCCAAGAAGAGGGUAACAAAAUGUCAUCUCUGAAAUAGGCGUACUUGACACCCACGAGUGCCCGUGGCUGGGAUACCAGAGAGUGGGGAGUGAGGCACCUACAGUGCACAGGCUUAAAUGCACUAUUGUUUCUCUUCAGUGUGUGGCAGCAUUGCCAUCCCUCCAGUGGUGUGGGGGUAGAAAGUGGAAUAAGGAUAGAAGGGAUGUAGAAUGUGCUUUCCUGCCCACAGUAAGGAUUUGGAGUUGACUUUGGUAUAUUGAUUGGAUAUGAAAAUAUACAUGAUUGAUUGGGUGGGUCUACAGUAAAAUUGUUCUCCUCUCCCCCACAUAAGUCUAUUUUGUACUGUUUCACUAGCUAACAUCCAUUCCCCAUAUUUACCUUUGUCUUCAUUACAUUUAUUUUAUCCUUUGUGUCCAUAAAUUACAUUUUUGGUAGUUAGUAAUGAGAUAUUUUAGUCAUGAAAGCAAACUGCAUUAAAAUCUUUGAGAUAGAGGUAAAUAUGUUCUCACACUCCUCUCUCCCUGUCAGAGUUCUAAUAAUUGAAACUAUCUGUUCUUUCUCCCUUUGUUGUCCUCUUCAUAGCUACCAUUUGCCUAUAAUAUGCUUCAAUAAAUUAUUAUAGCAGUUUGCAAUAAACUUGUAUUUUUCAUGGACUUUAUCUUUUUUCCUUUUGAGAUGAGGAUGCUAGCAUAGGAAAGAAUUUGUGUAUGUACUGGGCCCUCUUUUUUUCUUUUCUGCUCUUCAUGCUGUUUACUACGUUGUCCUUCCAAGGAGCUCUUUUAAUCUUAAAAUUCUGCAUUUCUUACUUUUAGUCAAAUUCUGUUAUCCUUUUCCCCCACUGCAUAUUCUCCAUCUUGAAUUGGCAACUCUAGAUUCUUGAAAAUGUAGUUGAGAUACAAACAUUAUUUCUAUGCUUCCCCCUUGUUUGAUUGCCCAGGAUUAUUUUGCAUAAUUGAGACCUAAUAUGCUUCAGAAAGUUUAGAUAAACACUGGCCAGGAUUACUGGGAGUAAAAAAAUAUAUUAAGGUAUGGAAAGGCAUCCACAUAGAGCACUUGAACCUCCUUUGUACUUGAUUGGAGAAAAAAUAUAGUGUAUUAAAUCUGAGGUUAUUACAGUCUGGUUGUUUGAAAUUCCAUUUCUCUCUCUUGUCUUUUUCCCACUUUCCAACGUACUGAAGAAGAUUGAAAAAUUGUAAUGGAUCAAUUUAAAAUAUUUUUAUUUCCUAAAAGCCUUUUUGCCUAUUGUAAUAUGCAGGACCCUUCUCCUUUUAUGGGAGAGAUAGGUAGUUACCUGAAUCUAGGUUGAAAAGUUAUGUAAAAAGAAAUUAUAAUAAUAAAAGGGAUACUCUGCUUUUCAAAUUCUUGUUUUCUCUUAAUCUAGGUAAGACAUAUCCAAAAUAAGUAUGUAAAGAAGAAAAUAAAAUUGUCUUCAUGGAAGCAACUGGUCUUCCUUGGUUGUACUGAGUUACAGUUGUCCCAGGGUGAAACAAUUGAUGCAGCUAAAUAAGAAAACCAGGUGCCCUUGGAGCAGGCUGUAUGUGGCAGAUACUGUUUGCUCUGUGGAAAAUCAGGGGGGGGUUAACUUUUGACAGUGUUUGGUUCUUGAUUUAUGAUGCUGAUAUGCCAUGUGGUGAGUUGACAAAAUAUUAACUUUUUAAAAAAAAAUAGUAUCCUUUUAUCUAAGUGAAAGGCUACUGUGACAGCCACCCAUACUUCAUUUCUUUCUUGUUUACCUAUGGAAAUUUGUCCCUGAGAAGGCAUGUUUCAAUUUAGAGGGAAUGUCUAUGAGAGGAAAUAGUGACAGCUAAUUAAUUCAUUUGAAGUUGAGACUUGCAACUUCUACCAGUUAGCACCAUCCUCUAACCUUUACUGAGUUAAAUGCAAUAGAAUAGCAACUCUACAGCUGCUUUGAAACUCUUUUGCCCUCAUUUCAAAGCCCAACUAAUCUUAUUUUGUGGAGAAGCAUGUGGUAUAACUGAGAUAAGGAAGAAAAAGAAAAACAUGUUGUCACUUGAGUGAGACUGUCUUAGUAAUGUUACCAUGUCAGGGUUGGGUGUUUACUGUCCUUUGGAAAAGAACAGGCCUAAACAGUAUCUUCAUCCUGUAGCUAUGAGGAAGGCACUGUGAUUGAGAUCAGAGAUGCCUUCUUAGCUAAUUUUUAACCAAAUGUAAGUUAACUUUAAAUACACAGCAAAAGGAUGGGAGUAAAAAGAAGCAGUAUUUUUUAAAGGACCCUUUUCACGUAAAUUUUAUGUAAGAUGAAGCAAAUAAUAUUUAUCUUAGAAUCAUUCUGAAGAUUAAAGGCUUUAUAGCCUUGAGCAGUGCCUGGCCCAGGAUAGGUACUUAAUAAAUGGCGGCUAUAUCCAUAAUAAUGAUGUAGUAUUGAAGACUACCAGGUCAAAAAGGAAAAGAAAAGGACAUGGGGAGCACAAGGGAGAGUGUAAUAAAGUGAACUGAUGAUAUGUGUAUACAAAAUAGAUUACAUUAGGUAUCAUGAGGAUUAGUGUGAUAGUGACCUUGUUGCUAAGUGCAAAAGCAAAACAAUGACACAAAAACAAGUAGGCUAGGCACUCGGAGGAGAGAGAUGGAGGCAGACGCUGCAGGAAAAAAAAGCUGAGUAAAAGGGGCCUUUGAUUCCACAGGCACAAAAAUCCACAGCCAGGAAUUUGCUGCCACCUCUGAGUCAGGCGGGGUGGGGGUGGGGAACGACAUUCCCUUAGAGAAUGCCCAGUGGAUUUAGUCUGGGUGUCACAUUUCUUAUUUGGAACAGUGUAGACAGAAACAAACUCAGCUCACUUGUUUCCUGGGACAGUUGAGUUAGGGGAUGGCUUUCGCAGAGCACUCAUCGCUGACCCCUCACCGUCGUCGGGAUCUCUGUAGCCGCUCCAUCUGGCUAGCAAGAAAGAUUCGUUCAGACCUGACGGCUCUUAUGGAAUCUUAUGUGAAGCAUCAGGGCCUGACCAAGGACAUGGACCUGGAUUCUGUGGAUGGAGUGCCAAUGGCAAGCACUGAUCGCUGGAGUGAGCUGCCUGAGGCAGAACGACUCCUAGAGAACCUCCAAGCUUAUCGUACCUUCCAUCGUAUGUUGAUCAGGCUUUUAGAUGACCAACGGGUACAUUUUACUCCAGCUAACAGUGACUUCCAUCAAGCAAUACAUACCCUUUUACUCCAAGUUGCUGCCUUUGCUUACCAGCUGGAAGAAUUAAUGGUGCUCCUGGAACACAAGAUCCCCCCCAGGGAGGCUGAUGCGAUACCUGAAAUAGCUGGAGACGGUGGUCUCUUUGAAAAGAAGCUGUGGGGCCUAAAGGUGCUCCAAGAGCUUUCCAAGUGGACAGUGAGGUCCAUCCAUGACCUUCGUGUCAUUUCUUCUCAUCAGACUGGGAUCUCAGCACAUGAAAGCCGAUAUAUUGCUAAUGACAAGAAAAUAUAGCAGUUAGUCUGGCUGGAGUGGUUCAGUUGGUUGAGUGUCAUCCUGUACACUAAAAGGUUGCUGGUUUGAUUCCUGGUUAGGGCACAUACUUGGGUUGCGGGUUUAAUCUCUGGUUGGGGUACAUAUAGAAAGAAGGCAGCUGAUAGAUGUUUUCUCUCCCUCUCUCUCUCUCUUCUCUCUCUCUCCCUCCCUCCCUCCUCUCCCUCUCUCCCUCUCUCCCUCUCUCU